UUUUAGUACCGUGAGCGACAUGGCGCGGCGAGGCAGCGUCGGCAAGACCCCCCUGCAGGAUGGCCUGGACAAGAGCUCCGUGGCGUCACGCCGCUUCCCCACCGUGGUGCGAACUGUUAGUGCUGUGAACACGUUCAAUUCCCACAUGAAAAAGCGCAUCAAGCGGCGAGCAGGGUGGACGCGGAAGCAGGCAACUUUGGACGACGUGACUCGGCACUGCAAAGCACAUAUGGACCGCAUGGGUACCUUGCCCCCGAUGAGCAUCGACAUCAAACUCGACUCGAUCGAAAAAGCAGUGAGAGCCAACGUCACUUUCAAGGGUGAAUGGACAACGUUCUACUGGAACAAGUUUUUCUUUCGGUCGCCCAUCGUCACCCACAUGAUCACCGACUUGUUUUGGUGGGCGACGUUGAUCUUCUUCAACCAAACCGACACGAUCGCCGUCCCGCCCGACUGCUACGCCCACGUUGUUCAAGCGCAUGUCCAAAACCAAGUCGCAGUGCACUUCGGGAAGCUCCUGACGAAAGUACUCUACAUGACGCUCCCGACGGGCGCCGCGGACGAGUUCCUCGAUUACUUUCCAUACUGCGUGUCCCGCACCGUGUACAAAGCAUUGCAAAAGGCGUACCCAGACUUCAUUGUGCAAAUGCGCCACUCACUUCCGCACCUCAUGAUCGACACGAUCUCGCAGUGGACGACUGGCGUCAAGGCAAAGAGUGCAUCGUGGAGCACGUGGCGGGUGGAAAUUCAAACCCGAAAACUUCGACAUGGCCCGAAACCACACGUCGUCGUGCGCGAAGUCCUCGACGAGGGCACUGUGCACGAAGAGGAAAUUCUAAGUGACGACAGCAACGAUGCCGACUACUUGUCCGACGACGAGUCGAUUGCCGUGGUCGAAUUCGAAGCCGAUGACGCAGACGGCGACGCGGUGCGCAGCCAAUUUUCUCGAUUUCUUGAGAGACACUCUCAUCUUUCAUCCGACCAGCCUGGUCCACCCGUGGACGUCCAACACUCGCAGACUUCGCCGCACCCUGCCACUGCCCCAUGUCGAUCCAAAGUGUCCCUCAAAUUUAGCCCAUCCGUCGACAAGGUGACCGUGCCACGCGAUUCAACACGGUGUACUUCGCCAUGACAUAUAAUGGCUCUAGAUCGUGCGCAUGUACAAGUAUACAGGUUACCAAGGGCGCAAGUUGGGGCACACCAUGACAGUGACGGAUGGGGCGUGCAGCGCUGUGGACCACCACAUUCAACAGCACGAAAGGUAUCUGCAGCACGUCGAGCACGUGUCUGCCGCGCUGCGGUCGAGUCGAAGCCUCGGUGCUUUAGCAUCGACAGCAUCUCUUGUUCUGGACACGGUAAGAAACGAAGAGGCCAUGGUGGCCCGUGUCAAGCAGCUCAUGAAAUUGAAAGGCAUCGACGGACAAAGGGCCACGACUCGCCACGUGCGAGUUCGAGAUCAAGAAUCCCGUGUCGGAGGCGCGACAACGCCGCCUCAGCGAAGCCAAGAUGAGGCACCAUGAGGUAUCUCUUGUACGCUUCAUCGACUGCACAGGGUCGUUGCCGUCCAUGAGUGAACUCCCUCACUUGGCAAUCGUACUCACGGCAAUACCUUCGUUCUAGCACGAACUCGAGCACGUGGGCGACGCGAUUCUGUAUCGUCCGUCGGCCAUCGCACUGGGUCAACGCCUAGACCAGCAACUCAAGAUGGGCAGCCAUCGACGGCGGUUGCUGCACCCCAUGAAACACGACGAGUUGAAGCCACAUCGAAAAGACACUUGACCACGUUCGUGCUUUAGUUCACUGGAAAAUCAAAGCUCGACGUCUGGACGGUCGUCGUUGGGACUGGCUAGUCCGUGGUGUCGUGGGUGGACAAAAUCUUGGACACGACAAACUUCUGGCGCUUGAGCUGGGCGCGGACGUGGCGCGGCAUGUCGGGGAUAAAGCUGUUGAUCAAACCUUUUACGCCGAGCAACAGCGCGGUGAGCGUAAAGAAGAGCCCGAUUUGACUGAAGUACUGGUCGAACUUGGGCCACAUGAGCAGGAUGAGGUCGCCAAACUUGGACGUGGUCACGAUGAUCCACGCGUUCGUGACGAUCGUGAUGAUGCCAAACACAUCGAGGACCUUGACCCAGUGACCGAUCGUGGACGCUCCACUCGGCCGGGGUCGACGGCAAAACUUGGAGAUCUUGGAUCCGUCGAUGCGAAUUUCAAAAAUGUUGUUGCAAAACGAAAAGACGGGCGCGAGGGGACACGCCAGCACAAAGAACGUCGAGUACCCAAACUGGAUAAUCAUCUCGAGGUAGUCCCAGAACGUACCAGCCCACCCGUACUCGGGCAUGAAGAACUGCGUUUCGACGGCACUCACGACUUCGUGGUCGUCUGUCUUCUUCACCCACUCGUGGCGAAAGUAUUCGACGUUGGCCCAGAAGAGCGGCAUGAUCACUUCCUGGCAGUUCCCGAUCACGAGCUGCGACGCGUACACGUACGUGAGAGAGACCGCGAGCUCGGUCAUGCAAUUGUUGUCGACGCACUCUCCUUCAAAGAUCUUCUUCAGGAACGCCACGUAGAACAGCAAUGCAAAGUUGUUGACGAACUGAAACACGAUGGCCUUGGCGACAAAGUGGUUUUCGUAGUCUGAGUCGGUUCGGUGAUUCUCAAAGUCGUUGAGCCAGUUGCACACGUAGUUGUACACUUGGGACAUCAUGAAAAUCUGCGCCACGUUUGCGAGCGACGCGCACUGGGUCCCGAUGUUGCCAAAAUACGGCACUUCCAGCAACACGCUGUGCUUGAACGCGUAUCGGAGCAUGAAGAUUCCCGCGACACACAUCAACACAAUGCAAAUCAGAAUUGCCAGGACAAACCACGAAAACAUAAGCCGCCACCGCCGUUGCUUGUCGCUGAAGUAACGCAUGCGGGCGCCCGUGACCGGAUCGCGCAUGAGCGACCCUUGGAACUGAGGACGCACCUGCUCUUCUUCGUGAAAAUCCGUCAUGCCCCAUCGCAUGGCAAACACCCAUUGCUUGCGGAUCCAGUACUUGAGGAAUAGGGUGGCCCAGAUCACCAUGAACACGCCGUAGAUCGGGACCGCGAGCACCUUGACCCAGUUGAACCCUUCAGCGAUUUCGGGCGGGAAAUAGCGCUUUUGCAGCGUCUGGGUCGCGAACACACCACCCCCGACGACGGCCGACAGCAUCAGCCACGUCGUGUAAUGGCCGAGAUAAGCAAAGUAGAGCCCGAUCUUGACCCCAAAGUACGACCGAAUCUCUUCAAUCGGUUGAUGGAGACUCCACUUCCACUUUUUCCACAAGUCUGCUUUCAUGUGAUCGUCGUGUAGUGGAAAGUACCCCUUGAUCGCGCCGCUGAGGAUCAACUUGUCCAAGUGCAGCCCCGCGCCCACCUCGUUGUUCGUGAUGAUGCUCUCGAUAAGUGUCAGCCGCUCGGUGCUGCUGAAUAACUGCAUCGGGCCGUGCAGCGACAUCUUCUUGUGGUACCAGUGCUGCAGCUCGCGCUUGUCUUGGUACGCCAUAUAAAUGUUCUCGUACGGCCCAUAUCGGAACUUAUUCGAGAGGCCCUUGUACUUGGGGUCGGGGUUUUGCAGGUAGAACGGGGAAAUGUCAAUCAUAGGAUUGGCAAUCACUGAAUCGAUCCACAGCUGGACGCUGGCCGCAAUUGUCAACGACUUGUCGAUUGUGUGGGAGCGCUGCCGCAGAUGCGGCAGUUCCAACGUGUUGUCUUGAAUCAUCAAGUGGAUCAAGUGCAGUUCGGUCCGGAGCCAAAUGUUGGGUUCGCCCAUUGCAUGGAGGCCGGCGACGUCACGCUUCUCGAGCAGUGCAUCGAUCGCGCGCAAGUCUGGAAGCGGCAACGUCAGCGCCAAGAGGUGGCCCAUCUUGGUCAACAACGGAAUCAUCUUUACGUAGCCCUGCGACAACGUUUCCAUCAUCUUUUGCAGGUCGUGUUCGGGCAGCAUCGGACUGUUCUCCUUGCGGCGCUUCGCCAACGACGGGAUCAAAAUCGGCAACAAACUGAUUUGCACGCCAAUGUCUUUGCCGGCUUGCUGCAGCCCGGCCGAAAUGUCAUCGAGCAACCGAGGCGCGUUGAGUAACAGAUCCACGAGCGUUUCCUCUUCGUCAUCGUGGAUGAUGAGAUUCUCGAUGAGCUCUUCCGACAGUGUGCUCAGCUUAAUCAUCGAGCUGUGAAGUUGGGGGUCCACCCCGAGCUCUUUAUACUUGGCCUUGAUAUCGCUGUCUUGCUUGAUAAAGUCGCCAAGCACCAAGUACAACUGGGUCAACAGGAUGUCCCACGUAACGUCGCUUUCCGACAUGUCCAUCACGUCUGAUUUUUCGGUCAGCAAUUUGAUCUCUUGGAGCAAACUGUCGAGGCUGUUCGAGUUCAUCUCGGCUUCGAUGGCUUGUACAUGCUUACGCACGCGCUGCCACGCGGUCGCGAUCGCGCCUUGCAUUGCCUGAUUUGCCAUUUCGUCCGGGUUCAACAGCAGCGGCAGCUUGACGCGGUGGGCCUCGGCCUCCAGUCGUUGCUCGCUCGCCCGGAUCUUGCACAGCACCAUGGACGGAAUGAACGAGCUCACUUUAGCCGUGGAUUCGAAAAACUGCACCUGCAACCCCGCCUUGUGCAGCUUCAAGAUCAUAUCGCGCAUGCUCGCGACCUCUUCGACCUUGCCCGUCAGUGGGUGCAGCUUGGGCGGCCGGCGCACUUCCGGGUUCGGGAACACGAUCGCAAAGUCCCAUCCGUACCCUUCUUCCGCUUCGAGUUCUUCCUGCGACUUGGCGUACAAAAUCGAAUGCAUCGUCUUGUCCCAUUGGUACCCGAGGUGUAACACCUUGGAAAUGUAGUACUCCUGGCGCUCGAGCUGGAUCUGGACGCGGGUCGGGAUGUCGUUGAUGAAGAACCCGAGAACCUUCCCGACAGAGUACAGCGCGAGGACGAGUCCCCCCAUGCAGACCGACCGCACGAGCACGUAGUACUCGUUCCCUACGUGAAGGUACUCCAACGUACGCGACGCCAUCUCGGCCUUGGCCACCACCGACCACGAGUUGGUCACGACCGCCAACACGCAAAACACUUCGAGGAACGCGGCCCACAAUCGAAUGUGCUGUGCGCUGCGCGGCACCAGCCGACGGUACAUGGUCACAAGGGAUAUGCUGUGCGCACGAAUCGACACCAAGUUGUACAGGAACGCCAUCAGUGGCAAGUACGGACAAGACACGACAAAGAACGUGGCGUAACCAAACUGCAUGAUCAUCGCAAUGUAAUCUUGGAACAGUCCCUUCCAUCCGUACUCUUGCAAGUUGUGCUGGACUUCGACGGGGAGGAGCUUGGGCUGUGCGAUGGGGACGGCUUCGACAUCGCGGGCGACCGAUUUGUCGUCGAAUGACGUAAUCGUUUGUAACCGAGCACGGUUCGCCACGACCUUUUUCGUCGUUCGCGGGAGUUUAGCAAGGCAGCACAAGUGGCGAAUCCACGGAGUAAUCACGUGCAGCAAAAUGUGAAACAGCAACUGGCACCCGUAGAUGUACAACAUGUACUCACUCAGUUCCUCGACCGCUUCAACGUCGGGACCGGCAAAGUUGCCGUCAAUCCCUUCCAAGUGCGGUUUGACAAAUGCAAUGUAGAUGAUUCCGGCAAAGUUGUUGACAAGCUCGAAGAUCACGCCCUUCAAGAUGAACGACUGCUGAGCCGACAUUUCCGUGUGGUGCACUUCGAUGUCGGUGAGGAAGCCGUUGAUGCGGGCAAACAACGUAGACCAAAAGAAGAUUGCAAGUACGUUGAGCACCGCGACAAUCUUGAGCUGGCCAGCGUACGACAACGAAAUUGUAUCGUGAUCGAGGAAGGGUACGUGAAAGUCGAAGCGCUCGGGAGCGGCCUUGCUCACCCAUCGCACGUAGAAGAGGCCGGCCUUGGUCGCGAGCACCGCGACGAGGAAGACGACGGUCACCAUGAAGCAAAACACGCGGCGGAAGAAGAUCAUCGAGCCAAAGUGAGCGCUGGGCAUGUGGCGGUUAAUCGACUCGUCGUACUCGGGACGAUCGUGGUCUUGCGCAUGAAAGUCAGUGAGGCCCCACUUCAUUCCGAGCACGGCGAGCUUCCGUUUCCACAUUUUCAAAAACAAUGUUGCCCAAAACACCAUAACAAAUCCAAAAACCCACACGAGGUACCGCUCGGAGGCAAAGAAGAGCGAAAUGCUGAAAAUUGACGGAAACAAUAGCCACCGGGUGAUGUGAGCCACGUAUGCCAGGUACAGCGCCGCCUGGCCGCCGAAAUAUUCGCGGGUCGCUUCGAUCGGCUGGUGGGUCAGCCACAACGACGUGCUCCAUGUACUUUGGAUGUCGCGGCAGUACUCGUCGUCGUGCAUGGGGUAGAAGGCCGAGAUUGCGCCAAACUGAACAAGCAUGUCCAAAUCGAGCCCGGCGCCUGUCACACUGCGAACAAUACUCUCAAUCAGGCGAAUUCGCUUGAUGCUGCAAAAGAGCGGCGUCCCGUACAGGUUUUGCACGUUUUGCUGUGGCGUGUACGUCAUGUGGAUGUACUGGUACGGGUUGUACCGGAACCGCUUGAACAUGGCAAAGAUAGCGCUCAAGUGAGAUUGCGAUGGCGGCUUUUUUGUGCUGGCCGCCGCUGACGAAGGACUCUUCGCUUCUUCCAAGUCCAUGUUUUCGAGCUCGCAAAUAUCAAACGUAUUGAAUACGUCGAGUUCACGCCCCACUUCAAAUUGGAUCUUCUUGUACGGGCGACGCUCGACCUUGCUCACUUUCUCCGGGGGCAGCGGUUCAUGACCCUGCCUCUUGAUCUCCGCGGCACGGUCUUCCGGGUUCUCAAUGUGAAAGCGCACUUCACCUUGCUUGGCCAUGCGUUCGAGCUUGUUCUCGACGAGCCCGAUCGACAUGUGGACGCGAGCUGCUUCUUCCUUAAGGCGCUCCAUCGAUGCUGACAGCUUGCAGUAUACGAACGGAGGAAUGUACUGAUCCUUGGGGGUAUUCACGUCGAGGUUGGUCGACUUGGAGAGCUGGGUGUCCAGGCCAGCUUGGCGGAGUCGCGUCAGCAUGUCAUUCAUAGUCGGGAUGAAGGGGUACUUAAUUUUCUUGUCCUUUUUCUCUUUUUCAAAUUCCGGGUUGGGAAAUACGAGCACAAAAUCCCACUUGGUGUCGUCCAUGCCUCGGUCGCGGGCCACGCGACGCCCGCCGUUUUUCGCGGCCUUCCUCGUGGACGCUUGUUUCGUCGGCGCUCCAGAAGGAGACUUGUCCGCAUGCAGCAUGGGAUGCGACGUCGAAGGGAUGGACGAAGUUGAUGUCGAUCCGUAGUCGCCGUAGUCGUGAAAUGGAGUGCUCAGGAACCGCUGCAAUUCGCCACGCCUCGACGUGUCGGCGCUCUUCGGUCGAGGAGUGAAUCGGAACGUUUUGGACUUUUGCAUCGUUGGCAUGGUCGAAAACUUGGCGAUUCGGAGCUUUGAAUCGUGCGUCGUUUCAGAUGCCGUGUGGGAGUGAGCAAUGCGCGUCGGCGGGCGGUUUCCAUUGACCUGCAAUGCCACGGCGGGAGGAUUUGACGCUUCGACUGGAGCACCGAGAAAACCAGCCGUGGCGUCUUCCUCAACAUCUACUACCGCAGAAGGGACAGAUUCAGCCGCUGGAGUUUCGACGGCACAUUGCACCGUCAUAACAUGACCCAUGUCAUGGGAAGACAGUACUUCGUCACUUUCGACAUCGACCGGUUGAGGUGAUGCCACCGAAGGCUCGAUGAAGCCAAAAUACGUCGUAUCAUCCUCCAUUUCGACUAUUCCAGCUCCCACGAAUGCCGCGCUCGUCGGGUGCUGCUGGAAAGUGGUGGUAUUACUGUCGACAACCACAACAGGCUCAGCAAAGGUUGGACUCGGAGCGUCCACCUGUGAAUCACCGUUUACACCAUCGAGAAGAGCUGGAUUGCCAUCCGCACGCGUCUGGGACGACACGAGCGGCGCGCUUUCCUCGUCUCCCUGCAGCAUCGACGAGAAAUUCACGACGCUCUUG